AUGCCUUCCCAAACCCCGACAGUAUUGCAUUCCAGGCUAAGUAAGAGUAAACAAAAUUUAAGCAUAAUUGUGGUUAUAAGGAUCAAUCCCAAACUCUACACACCCCUGUACUUUUUUCUCAGCCAUUUAUCCUUUUUGGGUUUUUGUUAUUCCAGCGUAUUUACACCCACACUGCCAGAAAUCUUAGUUGUGGAAGACACAGCUGUCUCCUUCAAAGGAUGCAUGGUACAAUUUUUCUUUGGCUGUGCAUUUGUGAUUACAGAAAUGUUCAUGUUAGCAGUGAUGGCCUGUGACUGGUUUGUGGCUCUUACUAAUCCUCUUUUCUUCACGGUCGCUAUGUCUCAUAAACUCUGUACCCUCCUAGCAGCUGGAACCUAUAUGAUUUGAAUAUGUUCCCUGACAAUCACAUACUCUGUUUUGGAACUAUCCUUUUGUGGUUCUAAUACCAUAAAUCACUUUUGCUGUGAGUAUUCUGCCGUUAUCUCUUUAUCCUGUUCUGACAGCUAUUUCAGUCAGUUGAUAUGUUUAGUCAUUUCUGUAUUCAGUGAGGCUUGUAGCCUCCUGAUUAUCCUCUCCUCCUAUCUUGUCAUGAUUGUCACAAUCAUCCAGAUGCCUUCUACUAAUGGACUCCAAAAAUCCUUCUCCACCUGUGCUCCCCACCUGACUGCCAUCACCAUUUUCCAUGGGAUCAUCCUUCUUGUCUACUGCGUGCCCACCUCCAGGAGCUCAUGGCUCCUGAUCAAAGUGGCCACUGUAUUUUUUACAGUUGUGAUCUCCCUGCUGAACCCCAUUAUCUACAGCCUUCGGAACAAAGAUGUGAAAGAGGCUGUCAGGGGUUUAAUCAACUCCAAACUACUUUCUCAACCAAUAUAAUUCAAAUAAAUAUAUGUAUUUUGUAGUACUUACAUCCAAUAAUUUUUCACAUAUAUUGUUGAUGCUAGUUUACCUUUAUUUUAAGUACAUAUGUGAUUAUGUUUUAAAUCAAUUAAAUGUUGCACUUUCCCUGUUUUUUGGUGGUCGGGACACUCUGACUUAAUACAGAAAUAAUUCAUUCUGAUGCACUUCAUCUCACCUGGGUUCAAGGAAGAAAUAUAUUUCAACAUCUCCCAGUUAGACAUUAUGGAAGUCAGAAUGACGAAGAAGGGAUGUAUAUUUAGAGACUCAUUACUUAUGUCAUAGUUUCAGUUCUCCUUUAUAAAAGUGCUGCAAAGACACAGAUGAUAACUGUCUUUGCUGGAUCCGCACUCAGGUUCUCACAACCAAUUCUUUUGACUCAGAAAGUUCUAUAAAACAGAACUUUUUCUUCCCCUUAAAACUUCACUUCAUUCGAAGUAAAAUGAGGAUCUGUGAGUUUGCAUUGUGAGAAAUAUUAUCUGAGUUUGAGUGAGCAGAUGCUGAAAAUAUUAACCACUCUCUAUAUGUAUCACUCAUCUUUUGAACAUCAAUGUGAUAUUUUAUAGUUCAAUAAAAGUUACUGGAAAUAAUACUGAAUACUAAAGAAAAGUUCAAUUUAUUUCUAACAAAACUUAUAUCCAUUACUUAUUGAUAAAAAGACUGAGAGUAAUAAAGUAUACUUUUGAAUCAUCCAUUCUCAAUGAUAAACUUUUGCCCCCUAUCAAUUUUCUUUAUAUCAGUAAAUGCCAUCCAUAUCUACUCAGUUGCUUAAAUAAGCAAAGGAGAAGGCAUUAUUUAUUUUGAUUUAUUAUUCUGCAGCCUCUCUCAAAUAUGUCAGUCAGUUAUGUUAUUUCUGGCUCUAAAAUGAAACACCGUCUUCAUGUCUCUGCUUCCUGUGUCCCCAUUGUCAUUGUGGGUUUUUAGCAGUUAGUAUCAAAUUAAUAUAUUUCUCAUAUUUUUUUAACCUUAUAUAAGGCAUGAAUCUCAGAUCAUCCAUAGUGAUAUUUUAAAACUAUAGAAUCAAUGUAUUUUACUCCCCAAGCUAGUAUUGUGCAAUAGUUUUUAUUACAUUUAUGAUUAUACUCUAACUCUUUGCAAAAUCUAGCAUCUGCUUAAUUCUCUGACUUGUUCAUUUUAAAUUUAAAACAUACCAAAACAUAUUUUUUAAACAAACAUCCAUGUAACUCUCAAGUAGAUCAAUACAUAGGACAAUCACUGGCCCUUUCCUCCUACUCUCAGCAAGAGUCAAAAGGAUGAUUUUUAUCAAAAUGAUGCAAUUACUUGUCUAUAUAGAUUCAAUAUCUAACUAUGCCUCUCAAAAAAUAUAAAUUCGUAUUCCUUUUUUGCAACUUUAUUUAAAGGAAAUCAUGCAUUAUUUAUCUCAAAUAUCUGACUUAUAUAGAUGAAUAUUACAUUUUACAAAGUAUUCAUGUUACAUAUAUUUAUACCUUAUUCCAUUUGUUUCUAUUACAUAUUUUAUAUUAUAAAUAUUUCAGAAUUUUUCUUUAUUCCAGUCUACUAUGAUGGACAUUUGGGAAAUUUCAAUUUGGGGGCAUGUGUACCAUUACACUGCACAUAAGUAUUUAUUUGAUUGAGAUUUAUACCCAGAAGUAUUAUGCAUUUAUUUGGUUCUUAAUUUUUCAAAGUGAUUUUUAUCAAUUUAGACUCCUAAAAGCAAUGUUUGAAAGCUCUAAAGUUAUAAUUCACCUCUUUGCCAGUGUUCAGUAUUAUUAGAUGUUAUGGUUUUUACCCAUUUAUUUGAUUUAGAAUAUUUCAUUUGUAGUUUUAAUUUGGAUAUUUAUGAUUAUUGAAGUUAGGCACAUUUCAAUAUGUUCAUGUAUUUUUUUUUUUUUGAGGAGUACUAGUCUUGAGCUAACAUCUGCCAAUCCUCCUCUUUUCGCUGAGGAAGACUGGCCCUGAGCUAACAUCCGUGCCCAUCUUCCUCUACUUUAUAUGUGGGACGCCUACUACAGCAUGGCGUGCCAAGCAGUGCCAUGUCUGUACCCGGGAUUCAAACUGGCAAACCCGGGGCGCUGAAGCAUGAAUGUGCACACUUAACUGCUGCGCCACUGGGUCAGCCCUUUUCUUUUUCUUUUUAAAGUGGAUUCUUAGGGCAUUUACCAAUCUUCAUUUAAGUUAUUAUGUGAUAGUUCUAAUUUAUUCAAAAAUUUAUUUUAUAUUAUGAAUAUAAUCUCCUUGGCCGUUACGUAUCUUGAAAGCUUUUUUGCAUUUUGGCUUUACUUUUCACUCAAUGUCCUCAAAUAAAGAGCAAGCUUGAAUUUUAACUUAGUCAACUGCAUUACUUUUGUAAUGUUUUUGUAAUUGUUGAAGAUAUUUAUCUACCCUUGAGGUCAAGAAGACAUUUGUCUAUAUAAUAUUCAAGAAUGUUUGUUCUUCUUCAUAUUUUGCUGUAUGAGUCACCUAAAAUUCGUUUUUUGUGGAUGAUAUGAGGUUUGGGUCUUUGACAGAUUGUUUACUUUUUCAGCAUUAUUCAUUCUCUCUUCAUCUUUGUCAUGCUUCUCUGUAGGCAGAAGGAGAACAAUUCCCAUGUGGCUUGCUUGGGACAAUGCAAAGUGAACGAGUGUGUCAUAAGUUAUCUCAUAGAAAAAGCUUGACAUGUCCCUACAUGGUUUGAAUCUUCCUUCCUUGAGCUUAUGCAUUAAACUUGGAAAACAGCAUACCACAAAGCGAGAGUGUUCCUUCAGCCUGGUCCUGGAAUGAGAAAACAAGGGACUUGAGUCAAACUUAACCAAACACAGCAUCUCAGAGCUGUAAUCAAUCACCAACAUUCAUGAUACUACUUCAUUUCUAACCAGAUAAAUAUAUCAUUGUCACAUGCUGUUUACUGAAAAAAAAAUCCCUUCCUGCCUUGUUGCCAUUUAAUACCAAUCUUGUCAUAAAUGAAGUGUCCAUAUGUGUGCUUAUCAGUAUAAUUAUCAGCUGUUGUCACAAUAACUCUUGAAAAACUCAUCAAAAAUCAAUGGCUUAAAAGUACGAUUAUUUAUUUUCAAAGAUCAGGAGGUCAUCUGAGGUGGUUCUGCCCUGGACUAUGAGGCUAGGAAUGUUUUGCUUCACACCACAGUUCCGUGAGUGUGGAUUGCUCUGCAUGUCUUUUAUCAUCUUUAGACUAUUUGGAUAUUUGCAUUAUAGAAAUGUCAGAAAAGCAGUAGACCAGGUGAAAAUAUUCAAGGUUUCUUAAAGCCUAAGCUAAGCACUGCCAAUUUUUUUUUCUGCUAACAGAUCAUUAAACAUGUCACAGGACUGGAUUCAUAAUCCAAAGGUGAAGAAAUACACCCCAUCAACAACAAAGUAUGUAGAAUUUAUGGAUGCAAGGAGAUGGUGAAUAAGUGAACCCAAUUAUUCAAUCUACUUCAGGCAGCUUCUUAUCUCUCUAUUGUAUUCUAUUGAAGCAUUUUCCAUUACUACAUAUUCUUAAUUAUUAUAGUUUGCAAUAAAUCUUGAUAUCCAUUAGAGAAAUUGUUUCAUCUUUUACUUCUUCAUGAGUGGAUAUUGAUCGUCCUUGGCCCUUUACGUUUUCAUACAAACUUCAGGAUUUAUUUUGUUCAUUUACUACAUACUUUUGAAGCCUGAGCCCCUCAUGGGCUGUAAAAAUUAUUUUUAUUCUUUAGAUCCACACUAUAAAGCAUUCUUACCUGUAGCUAUGCCUUCUCUGCUACAUUAGACUAUAUUCCAUCCACUUUAUACAUUUCCGAAAUUAUGGGAAAAUCAUAUCAGUUGGUGUUUAUUUUACCAUUGUCUUUAUUAGAGUGACUUUGUUAUUUGAUUUAUUCCUUCAUUAUGAUUACUCUUUUUGAUCGAGUUUAUGAUGGAGGGGAGAGGUAACAAAGAUACAUAGAUUUUAAUAUAUUGAAUAAAAAGUCCGCUCUUUCUUUACCACUUCAUAGAUGGAUGGAGGAUAGAUAAAUAUACGUAUAUAUCUAUUUAUUGAUAAAAACAUGUAAAAUUUAAAAAUGG